ACGUGUCGAAUGUGCGGCGCGGGAAAGGCAGGUGGGUAAACAGCGCUGCGAGGGGGGGGACGGAGGGCGGCAAGAUGGCGGCGGCCGGCGGACUCCCGGCGCUGCUGCCCGCCCAGACGCAGCUGGACUACGCGCUGUUGGACGCAGUCAGUCCUCAGGAGAAGGAGAACCUGGUCUACCAGCACCUGAGGAAGGUGGACGGCUGGGAGCGGGACCUGGCGGCGCCCGACUUCGGAGGAGAUCUGGAAUGGCUAAACACUGAAGGUCCCAUUUCUCUGUACAAAGACCUCUGUGGAAAAGUGGUGGUGUUGGAUUUCUUCACUUACUGCUGCAUCAAUUGUAUGCACCUGCUGCCUGACCUCCAUGCAUUAGAGCGCAAGUAUUCUGAUAAAGAUGGUCUUCUUAUUGUUGGUGUCCAUUCAGCAAAGUUCCCAAAUGAAAAGGUUCUGGAUAACAUUAAAAGUGCUGUUCUUCGAUAUAAUAUUACCCACCCUGUAGUAAAUGAUGCAGAUGGAAAACUUUGGCACGAGCUGGAAGUGUCCUGCUGGCCAACUCUGGUUAUACUUGGGCCUCGUGGAAAUAUGCUGUUUUCUCUUGUUGGAGAGGGACACACAGAAAAAUUAUUUUUAUUUGCAUCUAUAGCUCUGAGAUUCUACAAAGAAAAAGGACAAAUCAAAGAUAAUAAAAUUGCAAUAAAGUUGUACAAAGACUCUCUCCCCCCUUCUCCAUUGCUGUUUCCUGGAAAAGUGACAGUAGAUAGUUCAGGAAACAGAGUGGUCAUAGCAGAUACUGGACAUAACAGGAUUUUGGUUGUCCAGAAAAAUGGGCAAAUAGUGCACACCAUUGGAGGUCCAAACAGCGGAAGGAGAGAUGGAAGAUUUUCAGAAGCAGCAUUCAGUUCACCACAGGGAGUGGCUAUAAAAAACAAUAUUAUUUAUGUAGCUGAUACAGAAAAUCAUCUGAUUAGAAAGAUUGACCUAGAAUUAAAGGUAGUGACCACUGUAGCAGGUAUUGGAAUACAAGGCAUGGACAAGGAGGGUGGAACAAAAGGAGAAGAACAGCCUAUAAGUUCACCAUGGGAUGUGGUCUUUGGAAAUUCAGGGACCCAGGAAGAUGCUGUGCUGUGGGUAGCCAUGGCAGGUACUCAUCAAAUCUGGGCGCUCAUGUUAGAAUGUGGAAAACUACCAAAAGGAAGUGAUUUAAAGAAAGGAACCUGCCUUCGAUUUGCCGGCAGUGGGAACGAAGAGAAUCGAAACAAUGCAUAUCCCCAUAAAGCAGGCUUUGCCCAACCCUCAGGUCUUUCUCUGGCUUCUGAAGAACCCUGGAACUGCCUUUUUGUAGCAGACAGUGAGAGUAGUACUGUGCGAAUGGUCUCACUGAAAGAUGGAGCAGUGAAACACCUUGUAGGAGGAGAGCGAGACCCACUGAAUUUGUUUGCCUUUGGUGAUGUGGAUGGAGCAGGAAUAAAUGCAAAACUGCAGCACCCCUUAGGAGUAACCUGGGACAAGAAAAGGAAGCUACUUUACAUAGCAGAUUCCUACAACCAUAAGAUUAAGGUUGUAGAUCCCAAAAUGAAGAACUGUGCUACACUGGCAGGUACAGGAGAUGCAAGUAAUGUUACUGGUUCCAGCUUUACAGAAUCAACUUUCAAUGAACCAGGAGGUUUGUGUGUUGAAGGGAAUGGCUGCCUUCUCUACGUUGCAGAUACUAAUAAUCAUCAAAUUAAAGUGCUGGAUUUAGAAACAAAAAUUGUUUCCAUGCUGCCUAUCCUGACCACUGAAGCAUUUGAUGUUCUAGAUCAUCCACUUGCACAAAAGCCUAACAUGGCAAGCCUACCAAAGCUGCCUAAAUCUGCACCAAACAUUCAACUUCCUUCAUUGACUGUCUCUCCUGGGCAGACGCUUCAGUUUUUAUUACGCUUAAGCCUUCCUGAAGAUUCAGAGCUGAAUGAGGAAGCACCCAAUUCAUGGUUUCUCACAGCAGAAGGUAAUGAGUGGUUGCUACAAGGACAGACUUCAUCUGCAGAAAUUAAGGAUGUUUUCAAUCCACCUCUCAUCCACUUGCAGUUACCCAGUAGCUGCCAGUCAUCUGAAGCUGUACUGUCUAUCAGAGCAUUCCUCUAUUACUGUAGCAAAGAAAGCAGUGCCUGUAUGAUGAAAGGAAUCUCUUUCAAUCAGCCUUUACAGAUAGCUAGCACAAACCAAGGUAGCACAGUGCAAGUAGAGUUGAAAUAUGCAUUUUAACUAACUAAACCAAAAACCUAAUAGACUUGUGAUGCAACUUUCAGCCUAAUAGUUUUACAGAAAACAUACAAAUACCUCCCCACCCCCCCGCACCCCAACCCCAUUCCUCAUCUUCUUAUA